AUGGUAACAGGCUACACCCCGGAUCAGGAGAUUCAGGUGAAGAAGUAUGACGGAUACUGGGACGGGGCAGCCGAUGUGGAUACCAUUACAUUCAAAUACAUCAAGGAUGACAGCACGCGUGCCCUUGCGCUGCAAUCGGGUGAGAUCGAUGUAGCCAGCAACGUGGGACGAAGCAGCUUGGCAUUGUUCCAGGAUCAGAGUCAAUAUACGAUUGAUGAAAUCCCGAGCCUGCGUACACAGUUUGUAUGGUUUAAUCCGACGUACCCGUUUCUAAACCCGAGGCCGAAAGUACGGCGUGCAAUCUCGUACGGCAUAGACCGUGAGAUGUAUGCAAACACACUGGUGGGCGGUCAGGCGGCCAAAGGACCGUUUACCUCGGCUCUGCCUUUUGGCUAUGAUCAGGUCAAGGGAUAUGGCUAUGAACCGGAGACAGCCAAGAAGCUGUUGGAUGAGGCUGGCUACAAGGAUGCGGAUGGGGACGAUAUUCGGGAAAAAGACGGACGAAAGCUAACGCUCCAAUUGAUUCUCAAUUCGGCUUACGAAUCGGACUCCAUUGUGGCUGCUGCAAUGCAGUCCCAACUCAAGGAGAUUGGGGUUAACCUGGAAAUGACCUCUUACGAGGUUCCCAACUGGUCAUCAAAAAGUGGCGGUUAUGCUAUGUCUGCCUCUGGCCAGCUUAAUAUGCAGGGAUUACCGGAGACCCCCAGUAUAUUCUCGACUUUUAUUUCAAAACGGGAGCAGAGUGGAACAUCGCAGCUGCAUUCCGAAUUCGAUGUGGAGAAAAGAUAUGAACUGGCUGCAGAAGCCCAGCAGAUAAUUCUGGAUGAUGCGGCAUACAUGUUUAUUACCUACACUCCAAUUAACAUUGUAAGCAAGAGCGCCGUACAGGGUGCGACGAUGUAUCCGAUCGACUUUUAUCUCCUGGAUCGCAAUAUCCAGUACAUCGAGGCGAUCCGUACACACGUUAAACUAUCGAAGAAAGCUGCCUAUGCCAUGGCGGUGGACAUGCUCUCACAGAUGGGACUGGAUGACCCCGAGCGGAUGAUGAGUAUGUACCCCGUCCAGCUUAGUGGAGGCAUGAAGCAGCGAACGGCAAUUGCCAUGGCGGUAACGAUGGAGCCAGAACUGCUGCUUGCCGAUGAACCGACCAGUGCGCUGGAUGUAACCACUCAGGUUGAAGUGAUCAAACGAUUGACCAACCUUCGGGCAAGUCAGGGAACAGGGAUGAUCAUUGUGACGCACAAUAUCGCCGUUGCAGCCCAUAUGGCAGACUACAUCGGUGUAAUGCAGAACGGGUCGCUGGUUGAGGGCCAAGGAGCACAUUCAGCAUUGCAAUCGAUCAAUCUGAAGCUGUAUCCGGGAGGUGUCUCGGGAAUUGUAGGUGAGCGGAAGUGGCAGAGUACUUUGGCUAAAUACGUGACUCACCUGGAAAAGGCAACCUCCGGGCAGAUUAUCUAUCGUCAGCAGGAUAUUACUCCGACUGAUCAACGCAUGCAGGGUGAAAAGGAAAUUCAUCGUUUGCUGGAACUGGUGGGGCUGCCUGCUGCCAUUGCGGACAAGUAUCCACAUGAAAUCAGCGGUGGGGAGCAGCAGCGAGUGGUUAGUGCCCGGGCGAUCGGAGUGCAGCCGGAUGUAAUUAUAUUUGAUGAGGCUACCUCGGCACUCGAUGUUUCCAUUCAGCAGCAAAUUUUGCACCUGUUGGUCCGAGUGCGUAAGGAGAUGGGGAUUUCAUAUAUCUUCAUAUCGCAUGACCUGGCCGUGGUGCAGCAGGUUCGCCGAGUCGCACUGCGGUUAUGUACAAGGGAGAGAUCGUUGAAGUGUUGGAAAGUGCGCAGC